AAAGUUAUAGAAAAUUAAAAUUUAUGACCGUGAAAAUUACUCCUGUUUUCGAAAAUAAAACUUCAAAAAUUAUCAAUGAUAUCGAUAUCUGUUUUAAUUAGUGUUCCUACGUAUCACAAAAUACAGUUUUACUGUUCUUUUAGUUCAUAAUAAUAACUCCAAUUUUGUUGUCAUCAAUUGAUAAAAUGAGUCAAUUGUUUUGUUUAACAUAUUAUUAACAUUAUUUUGUUUAGAAUUUUUAUUUUUCUCUCAGCUUUUGCUGAAUGAUUGCUAGUUAACCAUAAAAAAUGGACUAACAGUGGGGCUCUAGUUAAAAUGGCGAUUCUAUUACAUUUUGGAGUUCAUAAUAUUUGAAACAAUCUGUCUAUCCUUGCUUUAACACAUCCAAAGAAUGGGAACUGGUGACUUAGAAGUUCUGCUCUCCAAUGCUGAGGCUGUUCCUCCAGAUAAUACAGUUGACAAAUUAAAAGAUGAAGCUAGCAAAGAAUCUAAGAAACUUAAAAAGAAAAAACAUAAACACCAUGGCAAGCAUAAAAAACAUUCAUCAGAUAAGAAAGAAAAGAAACACAAGCACAAACACAAAAAAAAGGAGUCAAUGGAAAACGGGGAUGUUAAGAUCAAACAUAAAUCUUCCAAACACAAGGUUAUUACUAAAGAUAUCCAGAAGACUAAUGGUAAUUCUGUAUUGAAUGGAAGUAAACUAUCAGAUGAAAAGAAAGAUUCUUCAGAUUCUGAAUCUGAUAGUAAACCAAUCAAAGAUAUAGAUUCUGAUAGUGUUGAGGUUGGAAUAAUUGAGGAAGAAAUGAAUCUAGAAGAUUUAAUGAGACAAAAGGCUUUAUUACAAGCAAGGCUUGGAGCUUACAUGUCAGAUACUGAUUCCAGCACCAAGGAUGAUGGUACAAUUAUUAUUGAAAGUGGUGAUGAGAAGGAUUUCAAACAAACUAAAAAAAAAAAGGCCCAUAGUAGGAGUCCAAAUAAAGAUGCCAGGCUCCGUAAAGAUAGCCACGAUGAUAAACAUAAAGAAUCUAGACUUUCUAACUCUUUAAUUAAACAAAAAAGAAAAGAAGAAGAAAAAAGAAGAGAACAAAAAAGACGAGAAGAGGAAGAAAGGAGGCGGAAGGAAGAGGAAAGACGUAGAGAAGAAGCAAGGCGUAGAGAAGAAGAAUAUAGAAGGAGAGAAGAAGAGUUCAGAAGAAGAGAAGAGGAAAGAAGAAAAGAAGAACGACGAAAAGCAGAAAUAAAAAGACUUGAGGAAAGGCGCAGAGAGGAACAUCGUCAUGAGGAAUUUAGAAACAGAAGAAGUGAAUCAAGAGGUAGGAGAAGAGAUUCGUCUAGGAAUAGGCAUGAUGAUGGAAGAGGUAGGCAUGAUAGAAGAGAUUCGAGAGAAUUAAGAAGAGAUGAUGAUAGAAGUCGAAGACGGAGUAGAUCACCUCAAGGUCGAGAUCGAGAUAGGAGAAGAGAUGGUGAUAGAGAUAGGGAUCGUGACCGAAAAGAUUCUAGAAGGUCUAGAAGUAGAGAAAGGAAUCACCAAAGAUCUCAUAAAACCAGAGGUGUCAAAGAUAAGUACAAAGACAGUCUUUCAGAAGGUUUGGGUGAAUAUAAGUCUUCUUCUUCUGAUGAAGAGUUAUCAAACAUUAACAUAGUAGAAGAUGAAGAGGAUGAAGAACAAAUAAUUGAAAAACGAAGGAAACAAAGGGAAGAACUUUUAAAGAGAUUAGGAGCUGUUAGUGAGGACUCAAACAUGACCACGUCCCAUAUCAGCCCUGUACCUGAUACUGUUCCUGUUUCUGUUGAAACAAAUAGGAAAAGAAAAUCCAGGUUUGAAGUAGAGGCAAUAGAGCCCACACCGAGUAAAUUAUCUACACAACAGCAACCAUCUCAACAAGCACAACAGCAACCAAAUAAAUGGGACAUGUUCGCUGAAGCUGACACCCCUGUUGACAAGUAUAAUAGUCCAGGUGUGGUGGAGAAAGGUGGCAUUGGUGCUGAAAAUCCUUCUUUGACAGACAAUUGGGAUGAUGCAGAAGGUUAUUAUAGAGUUAGAAUUGGUGAAAUACUUGAUUCACGUUAUGUUGUAUAUGGUUAUACAGGUCAAGGAGUGUUCUCAAAUGUAGUUAGAGCCCGAGAUAAGGAUAACAAAGAUGUUGCUGUUAAAAUUAUUAGAAAUAACGAGAUUAUGCAUAAAACUGGUUUAAAGGAGCUUGAUGUUCUGAAACGAUUAAAUGAAGCUGAUCCUGAUGACAAAUUUCACUGUUUGAGGUUGUUUCGUCACUUCUUUCACAAGCAACAUUUGUGUUUAGUUUUUGAACCUUUAAGUAUGAACCUUCGAGAGGUUUUGAAGAAAUAUGGUAAAGAUGUUGGACUUCAUGUAAAAGCUGUCAGAUCCUACAGUCAACAAUUAUUUUUAGCACUGAAAUUACUUAAAAAAGUCAACAUUUUGCAUGCUGAUAUAAAACCAGACAAUAUUCUUGUAAAUGAGAGUAAAUUGGUAUUGAAGCUUUGUGAUUUUGGAUCUGCAUCACAUGUUGCCGAAAGUGAAAUAACACCUUAUUUAGUAAGCAGAUUCUAUCGUGCUCCCGAAAUCAUUCUUGGCAUGUCAUAUGACUUUGGUGUUGAUAUAUGGUCUGUUGGGUGUACUAUAUACGAACUCUAUACUGGCAAAAUAAUGUUUCCUGGAAAAUCAAAUAACCAGUUCCACCUAUUCUCUUACAUGUCUUUCCUGUAUAAAUUAUGACUGUCAUGGGGAAGCAUUAAAAAGCAAGAGCAAUAAUGGUGAUAUGGGUCAACAAAACCACUGUAAUAUAUGGCAAGGUGAGAAAAAUAGUGAGAAAUGAGGAUCACUUUUUGUGUAGGUCAACAAGAAUGCAAAUAUAAAUGUCUUCCUCCCUAUGGCGAUAAUAGUUAUUGUUGUAACUACGUGCAAAGGGUCAUUACAUACAUGAUAUCACUGAUUCUUAACAAAUUGAAGAGAAGAAUGGUUGGGGUUAUCAAUAAAAAAAAUUAGUAAAAAUAAUGAUUAUAUUUAUGUUGUUAUUUUUGCCGAUGUUUCGGCCCAAAGUUCAGGCCUUCAUCAGGGCUAAGAAAAAACCAGGUAACAAUAGGUAUGAGAAACUAUAAACAUUGAAUAAUAAAGAAUUAAAAUUAAAAAGAUGAAAGGUAUAGACUAAAAAAUGUAGUAAGAAUAAACUUAAAGUUAAAUAAAAUAGAUAGACUGAACACAAAAGUAAAAUAAAGUAGACAGAAUAAUAACAGUAACAUUGAACUAAGAUAUAAAUAAUAAUGGCAACAAAGUAGGGACUAAUGAAAUAAACAUAAUCAAAAUAACAUAACAUAAGUAUGUAAAUAAUAAUAUAUGGUAUAUAAACAAUAAAAAUAAUAUUAAUAAUAAUAUGACUGUGAUCUGAGCAUACUAUUUGUCAACAAAAUUUGAAACAGAGAAACAGGAUAUCUGAACCGUAUACAAAGAUACUGGCGUGAGUCCUUCCCGGAUAUUAAUAUAAGCAUGCAGAUACUGAGUGAUUAGGUAAGAGGAAUACUAGUGAGAAAUUUUCUUACUUGGAAUGACUUCCAACUACUUAAAGACGAAUUUCGUGCGUUAUUGGCCACUGAAAAUAAUGUUGAGCUCUCUGAUGGAGUGCUCAAUACAAGAAUAGAUUCAGACGCUGGUAUAGUCAGUGCAUCAGUCAGUAAUAAAGAUUCAGC